UGGACUAUCUCACUUCUCGAAACACUCUAAAGAGGGGUGCUUAUCUUGAUGGAGCUCGAAAGUUCUCUGGGGCCCAGGGGACAGCAGAAGUCCUAGCUCUUUGCCCGGUGGCACUCUCAGAUUCGGCUGCAUAGAACUGCAUCCUCUAGGUUAUUGGGAAGGCAGGGAUAAGUGGCUGAGGUUGAUGGUUCUGUAAAGGGCCCUUUCUGAGAAGAGCCUCUAAGAGAGCAAGCAUCACACCAGAAGGAAUGGACAAGUUGUGAAUUAUCCGGACUGUUGUGACAUUCUAACUUCUGGGCAGAUGUCUGACAAGAGCUAGGUUUGCCGACCCGUACACAUCCUACUGAAGAACCACACACAGAAGCUUCCACCUGAAGCUUUUCUGAGACAGCAUGGAAGCUGACAAUACCACAGCGACUGACUGGUUGGCAACCACCUACAUCACCAUGGAAGCUGUCAUUGGGCUCUGUGCUGUAGUGGGCAACAUGCUGGUCAUCUGGGUGGUCAAGCUGAACCCCACUCUGAGGACCACCACGUUCUAUUUCAUCGUCUCCCUAGCACUGGCCGACAUUGCCGUUGGGGUGCUGGUCAUACCUUUGGCUAUUGCUGUCAGCCUGAAAGUCCAGAUGCCCUUCUACGCCUGCCUUUUCAUGUCCUGUGUGCUUCUGAUCUUCACCCACGCCUCCAUCAUGUCCUUGCUGGCCAUUGCUGUAGACCGAUAUCUGCGGGUCAAGCUGACAGUCAGAUAUAGAACGGUUACCACUCAAAGAAGAAUAUGGCUAUUCCUGGGCCUUUGCUGGCUAGUUUCCUUUCUGGUGGGACUCACCCCCAUGUUUGGCUGGAAUAGAAAAGUGACUUUGGAGCGCUCUCAAAAUAGCACCACCCUCUCGUGCCACUUCCGUUCCGUGGUGGGUUUGGAUUACAUGGUGUUCUUCAGCUUCAUCACCUGGAUCCUCAUCCCCCUGGUUGUCAUGUGUGUCAUCUACCUGGACAUCUUCUACAUCAUCCGGAACAAACUCAGUCAAAACCUGUCUGGCUUCAGAGAGACGCGUGCAUUUUACGGACGGGAGUUCAAGACAGCGAAGUCCCUGUUUCUGGUUCUCUUCUUGUUUGCGGUGUGCUGGCUGCCUUUGUCCAUCAUCAAUUUUGUUUCCUACUUUGAUGUAGAGAUACCAGAGGUUGCAAUGUGCCUGGGCAUCCUGUUGUCCCAUGCAAACUCCAUGAUGAACCCUAUUGUCUACGCCUGCAAAAUAAAGAAGUUCAAAGAAACCUACCUUCUGAUCCUCAAAGCUUGCAGGCUCUGUCAGACCUCAGAUCCUUUGGACUCAAACAUUGAACAGACUACUGAGUAGUUACUGUGACAGACAAAGAGCCAGCUCAUCUACCUUCACACUUAGCAUCAGUAAACACUAUAAGGACUCAUCAGACAGUCUUGCUUCCUUCACUGCAUUGGGAUCAUCAGGCUGGUUGCCACAGAUCCCCACUCCUCCCUUCACUCCUCCCUUCUUCUUCUGCUUCAGUUAUUUUCUUGAGCUUCUCUAACUCAAUUCUGUGGAAGCCUGACACGAAGGCAAUGCAGUCCUGAUUAUCACAGGCUAUGCUCUUCCUCCCCAGACACAAGAAGUAAUGGAAUGCCGAGGGAGUCUCGUCUUAUCAAAGGUUGACUCUAGUGGGGCUGGAGGUACAGAACCUGCUUUGAAAGAUCCCUGGAAUGUUGGGAACAGAAGGAGUGAAUUGAAUUUAAAGAGGCUAAAUUUGCCUGUGUGGGUGCAUUCGAGCAAAUAAAAGAUGAUACCCAACUGACAUGUAGCUCUUUGCUGGGCUCCCUUGGGGUUUGCAGGCACAGUUGGCUGCUCUUGGCAUUCCUUCUGCUUGUCUCUGGAACGCAAUCACUCCUGUACCAAGGUGCAUCUUCGCCAUGGUAGAUGGCUGUCCUCUGGUGGGGGAGGGGUCUGUUAUGCAUGGUUCUGAUGUUCUUGAAAUCCAAAGCAACUGCAGGUUUAGGAUAACUGGAGAUGUAUUUGUUGUUGCUUGUUUUGUUUGCUUGUUUUUUUGUUUGUUUGUUUUGAGAUAGCGUUUCUCUGUGUAGCCCUGGCUGUCCUGGAACUUGCUGAGCAGAAGAGACUGACCUCAAACUCAGAGAUCUGUCUGCCUCUGCCUCCUAAGUACUCGGAUUAAGGGUAUAUAGCGCCACCAUCUGGCUACAGCUGGAGAGAUCUUUAGAUGUGCUUUGUAAGUCUGGAACAGGACAUUUCAGAAAGCUGACACAAAGACACACAUUUGUAGCUUCUACUAAGAUGGAGGAAUGAAGUAAGUUAGGUAUCUCAAGAUUUUAUACAGAUAUUCUGUAUUUGUUAUUUUCUGUUGCUGUUAAAAAAAAUAUAUCAUGGCCAAGACUACUUGUAGAAGAACGAAUUUAUUUGGGCUUCUCAUUCCAGAGGGAUAAGAGGCCAUGAUGGUAGGGAGUGGUCAGUGACAAGAGGCAGGCGUGGCAGCCAGAGCUGGAAGCUGAGAGAUCACUUUGCCACCAGAAGCAGGAAGCAGAGAGUGAACUGAAAGCAUCACCAAGGCUUUAACCUGUCCGAGUCCUAACCUCACUCAGUGCUGUCCAUCCUUCAGCGAGGCUGCAUCCAUCCCCAGUGCUCAAGACAUCGUCACCAACUGAGCACCAGCCUGGGGAGGGGGGCGGGAGCAUUUCUAAUCCAAACCGCUACAGACUCCUUGAGUAGCUCACAGGCCCAUAUAUAGAUAAACAGAUUUCCCAAAGGAUACAGUUGGAAAAUGAAGGCAGGGAUGCUAGGCUUUUGCUGGGCUCCUAGUUACUUGGUGAACCCAGAUGAAGAAUCAGUGCUAUUUAGUAAAAGCCAUCUUUGAGUGCCUGCCAAAAAUCUGUUACAGAAUUAUGAGGCAAAAAGUCACUAUCAUUUCCUAGGUUUGUGUGUACACAUGUUCCUUUGUGAGAAGGUACACAUGAAGGUGUGAGGGGUGCACAUGAAUUUUGCAUGUGGAGGCCGGAAGACAAACUCAGAUAUCCCUUCUCCCACCAGCGUGGGCACUGCCCACCUUGUUUAUUUUCAAACAGAUUCACUAAAAUGGCUUUGGGCUCAACAAUUCGUCUAGGCUGGCAAGGUCCAGGUAAAUGGCUAUCUCAGCCUCCCCAGGGCUGUGAUUGUGAGCAUAGGCCACAGUGUCCAGCUUUGUGUGUGUGUAUGUGGGGGGGAGGGGAGAGGGGUUGCUGUGGAUUGAGUUCUCUCCCUAGACCUGUCAAUCGUUUUCCAGCCACUGAGAUUUUAAGUGCCCCUUGGCUCUGAAAUUCUGUGAGGUGUGGGUAUUCCAACUAUUUUUAUCUCAGUGUGAAGGUGCAGUCGAUCAUGGUGGGUAAGGCACGGUGUGAGGGCGAGGUCACAUUGUCUCUGUGGUCUGGAAAACAAAAGUUAGCCAUUAGCCAAGUAUGACAGACAUACCGUUAAUCUCGAUGCUACGAGGGCAGAGAACUCUGAGUCCAAGGGCACCCUGUCUAUGUAGCAAGUACUAGGCCAGCCAGGACUACACAGUGGGGCCUUGGCAGGAGAGGACAGGAGAGGAAAUAAAAAGGAAGAAAAUUGAUCAUCACGGUGCACUUGAGGCUCAGUCACAUCAUGGGAGCCCUGCAGCGCCCACCCUUGCUUUUGCCUAUCCCAAUCUGAAGCUACCCAUGGAGUCUCACUCCUGAGAUAAAGCAUUGAUUUGACAGGAACCUCAGGACAAUGGUUACAAUUAAGCAAAGAGAAGUGGGGACCUGAAAGUGGAAUUAACUAUUCCCGAAGUUUGUCUGAAGCCUCAUCCUAGGCCAGAGCCCAGUCAUCCGAUUCCUCUUGUCAUCAGUUCAGCAGAGGUCUCUUCUUUCUCAUUCUGUAACCCCAGAAGAAUCAAGAACUCAGGGCUUCCCCUUACCGAGUCUCUGAUUUAGUUCAAGUGCAGCUCCAGGAAGAGGCCCUGGGUUUGCUCUGGGGUGUCACAACCUCUGCUCGGUUGGCUGGAGAGUGAGGGGAAGUGCUGUAGAGUCCUGGUUCCCUGGUACUCUUCACACUGUGUCUCUUAACUUUUAAUCUUGAGCUCCAUUAUUGUAGCAGCACUCAGUCUCCCCCUUUUUAGGAGACUUGAUUCGAAGUGACCGCUUCUUUCCAGUGGGAAGGCCCGUCAGGACAGGGCUUGCAGGUAUCACUAGACCACGCCUCUGAGGUUCUGAGAAGGACUUUUGCUUUUUUUUUCUUUGACCCUCAGGCUGUCACUGGUGGCUUGCUGGGACCUGGGUGGUUUCAUUCUUGCCAAGUGGGAAUCUCCUGAGAUAAUGAGCUAUGUCAGCUUGGAAGAAGCCAAAACCCGGGGCUCAGAAGAAGCUGAAGUCGGGAGUGUGAAAAAUACUCUUUUAGCACAGAGUAUUUAGCAAAGGCAAACCAAAACUCCUGUUUCAGGUUUAGAGAUUACCGUGUCAGGAAUCUUCCCAUGAGGCCUGACUCUCUGGCCAGCAAGUUUUCAUUCUAAGAGGAAAGCUAACUGGGGAGUUUUCUUUAAAAAGAAACGGUACAGAGACACACGGACAAAUAUAGGGGCAGUUUCCUCCUCUUCCAUAUGAAGACACUGAACAAAUGUACAUGCUGAAUGCAUGGGUUUAUUACUUUGCUUUUUAAAAAUAUAAAUUGAGUGGAAAUAGAGACUAGUCU